UUUUUCUUUUUUUAUUGGCUUGUAAAAGAAGAAGAGCCUUGCAAGCAACGAAUAAAUAAACCCAUUGACUCAACUGAAUCUUUCUAAUUAAAAUACCUCACUGAACUUUCCCAGUUUUUCCGGAACGAGAAGAAGAUUCUCAUGCUACCUUCUUCAUUAAAUUAAAAGAUUUGAGCUUUUGGGUAUGGAAGUUCUCUGUUAUGGUUCCACACCAUGCUGCCAAGUGGUGCAGACAAAGUGGAAAUUGGUUGAAAAGAGCUUCAAUUCACGCCAAUCAAGGUUUCCAAGCUUUGUAAAUCAUGGAAUUUCUUGUUCCAACACCGUACCUAGAAGUGAUUCCAUGAGAUUUCAUGAUAGGUCACUAAGUGUUCCAGAAGAGUCCAGAAGAUUGAAGAGUUUCAGGGUUUAUAGUGGAACUUCUGAUGGCUAUGUGAUUGGUAGUGAAGAUGCAAUUGCAGGGAUUGAUGAACAGGCUGCUUCUAAGAUUCUAGUUCCAGGGUUACCAGAUGGUUCAAAUGGUGAAUUUGGUGCUCCUAUAAGUAGUUGUUUCUGGCAAUGGAAACCUAAACUUAAUGUACACUAUGAGAAAGCUGGUUGUGAAAACAUUGGUUCACCAAAUGUUCUUUUUCUUCCUGGUUUUGGUGUUGGUUCUUUCCAUUAUGAGAAACAGCUUAAGGAUUUGGGGCGUGAUAAUAAAGUGUGGGCAUUGGAUUUUCUAGGCCAAGGAAUGUCCCUUGCUUUUGAAGACCCUGCCCCUAAGAUUAAGGAAGGUGAAAGGGAUAUGGAUAGGGAUAGUACUUCUUCAUGGGGUUUUGGAGAAGAAGCUGAACCUUGGGCAACUAAGCUUGUUUACUCUGCUGAUUUGUGGCAAGAUCAAGUUAGAUACUUCAUUGAAGAGGUGAUCCGGGAGCCUGUUUAUAUUGUGGGGAACUCACUAGGAGGAUAUGUUGCAUUGUAUUUCGCAGCACGAAACCCUCAUUUGGUGAAGGGUGUCACAUUGCUUAAUGCAACACCUUUUUGGGGGUUUCUUCCUAAUCCAAUCAAGAAUCCACGGAUAGCGAAAUUGUUUCCAUGGGCAGGAACAUUUCCUUUACCUUCUAGUAUAAGGAGGUUCACAGAAUUGGUGUGGGAGAAAAUUAGUGACCCUGCAAGCAUUGCUCAGGUGCUUAAUCAGGUUUAUGCAGAUCAUUCGACAAAUGUAGAUAAUGUGUUUUCGCGCAUAAUUGAAACCACAAGGCACCCUGCUGCCGCAGCAUCGUUUGCUUCAAUCAUGUUUGCUCCUCAGGCUGAAAUAUCUUUUGCUGAAGCUUUAUCUAGAUGUAGAGAAAACGAUGUGCCGAUAUGCCUGAUGUAUGGGAAAGAAGAUCCAUGGGUGAAGCCAAUAUGGGGAGUGCAAGUGAAGAAACAAGUGCCUGAAGCUCCAUACUAUCAGAUCAGCCCCGCCGGUCACUGCCCUCAUGAUGAAGUCCCUGAGGUGAUAAAUUUCUUACUAAGGGGUUGGAUCAGACACCUUGAGUCCAGUGGCUCUCUCUCAUUGCCACUGCUUGAUGAGCUAGACAGCAAGAAACAUACUAAUGCCAUUGCUAGGGAAUUGGAAUAUAUCAGAGAAGGUUCAAAAAAAUCAGUGAUGGUAAGAUAUUUUGGGUCCACGGUUUCCUUGUGGGACAGGCUAAUAUCUUACAUCAAUUCAGGCUCCAAGUUAAGGAAUUUGGCAGCCAAGUCACAACAAUGAUGUAUGAUCAAUUAUGCCCUCUUGAUAAGAUAAGAAAAAAAUUGUAUAUUUUGUGUAUAAAGAAAAUGAAUCAACUGCCAUUCACUUAUUGUAGAA